AUGCAGUUUUGCUUCUUAUAUCCAUACAUUAUCUAUCUAUCUAUCUAUCUAUCUAUCUAUCUAUCUAUCUACCGGUGUUUGUAUACGUCAUUUAAUGCCAAAUCUAUCUAUCUAUCUAUCUAUCUAUCUAUCUAUCUAUCUAUCUAUCUAUCUAUAUAUAUAUAUAUAUAUAUAUAUAUAUAUGUGUAUAUAAAUAAAAAGAAAGAACGGAAGUGUAUCGGGCUGAGAACUUUUCGGUUUUUUAUCUAUCUAUCUAUCUAUCUAUCUAUCUAUCUAUCUAUCUAUCUAUCAAAGAACACUUUUGGGCAACGAAAGAAAGCUUCUAUCUAUCUAUCUAUCUAUCUAUCUAUCUAUCUAUCUAUCUAUCUAUCUCAAGGUGGUUGCAUAAUCUCAUGUCUUCAACGGUAUGUUUCUCUCUCUCUGUAUAUUGCUAGUAUAUCCCUUCCCUUUCACCACCGAUGCCACUGCUACCACCAAUGCAGACGUCUCCGGUUUCUUUUGAUGAUGGUCGCUCAUCGAGUAAAGGUCUUUAUACAUGGCAAAGCCGAUAACUGGGAACAUCACAGUUUAUACUAUCUUCGGGUCGGGUCGAGCAAUCACCAGAAGGAUGUCUGGUAA